AUGAAGGAGAUAAGGCGGUCGGCAGCGAUUGCGGCGCUCAGUGAGUUGAAAGAUCCCUUCAGCUCGCUGGUAGCAAGAGAGAAAGUCGAUCCCUUGGUCAAGUCCUCUGCCUUUCUCUCCGAUGGCCCCACACUCGGUCUAGGAGCUGCCGUCGUGAAGGACUCAAGACUGCCCGAUCGCCUCACAGUGACCAGCGUCUUUGAGUCGAGUCCUGCAGAACAAGCAGGGCUGAGGACGGGGGAUAUCAUAACGCGCAUCGACGGUGUGCGGGUCGACGCUACGACGUCGUUGGAGGAGGUGUCAGGGAUGGUGAGCAAGAGGGAGGCUGGUCAGGUCGAGCUCGAGAUGGAAAGACCUGGGAUGGCGAGGACGAUGAAGAUUAGAGCACAAGCUCGUGCACAGGCGAUGGAGACUCCAUCCGUUCCUCUUGCUUUCACUGCGAGGAGUCCAGCUGGAAGCACAGGGUACAUGAAGCUCAAGGACAUGGGGCCUUCGUCGCCAAUGGAGGCAGAGGUAGAGAGAGCGUUGCCGAUGCUUGCUGCUGUGCGGGACAUUCUCAAGGAGUCUGAAGGAGAGUUAAGAGCUAUGAUUGUAGACCUGAGGGACAACCCUGGUGGGCUGCUGUCAUCUGCAAUCGCUGGCUUGUUCAUGCCGGAGGGCAGCCCUGUGGUCGACACCUGCCUCAAACGGGGGACUGCUGCAUCGCAAGAGGGAGGAGAAGACAGCAAGCUUCAGACUAGCUGCCCGGGGAACACAAUCAGAGAGAGAUACUUGACCCCGGAGAACUCCUUGUCUCAGGAGUUGAGAGCGGUCAAGAUUGCCAUCCUUGUCAACUCGGCGACGAGGAGUAGCGCGGAGGUUCUUGCUGCUGCGAUCCAGGACCUAGACAGAGGUGUCAUCAUAGGGGAAGAGACAUACGGCAAGGCGUCAGCACAGCAGGUCAUGAAGCUCGGGGAAAGCGACAUCGUGCGGUUAACUACCUCGAUCCUCCUCUCCCCGUCCGGAAGAUGCGUGUCCAAGUUCACCCCUCCCCAAGUGCAGGAGGUGGUCGACAGACAGGCCAAGACGGUGAAUGGAAGGCCAGUGAGGGGUGGUAGCGGGGUCCAGCCCGACGUCCAAGUGAGCGCGGGGAGGGGUGGGAGGGUCGGAGAGCUCUUGACUCUGAGAGGAGUCUACUUCGACUUCGCUUCCUUGUGGUGCGAGAGGCAUGGAGCCAUGGUGGAGAAGAACCUGGAGCCCGUUGGAACAUCCUCAACGUCUGACAUCGUUGCUUCUAUCAGGAGCUCCGAGGAGGAAAUCUGGACCAGCUUCUCCUUGUAUGUGGCAGAUUUCCUCAAGACGCGGGAGGCGCGUGACCCGGAGGUCGACCGGCUGAUGGAGAAGCUGAAGAGCGACGGUAUGGUGAAGUCCCUGCACAGCCUAGCGCUCCUCGAGGUCAGUAGAUAUGUAGCAUCCUCGCUCAGGGCGAUGGAGGUAGAGCAGCAAGACCUUCUUGCCCUCCUGCAGGCCAACAGGAAGGAGGUCCAGACCCGGCUGCACGACGCCAUCCUCACAAGGUUCCUCAAGAACAGUGAACGGCUCCUUGCCUCGCUCGAGGUCGAUGACGCUUACGCUGAAGCUGUUCGGGUCCUGAGCAGCGGGAGGUAUGAAGCGAUCCUACGAGGUUCCGAACAAGGUCAGCGCACAGGGAGGGAGGAGAACGCCCUUAAGAAGCGUCGCCCUGCCAUCGCCGGCUACGAUCGGUCAGCACUCUGUUUGGGAGGACAAACCUGCAACAACAACGAGUAUGUCUAUGUGAAGAUCAUAUGA